AUGUAUAUCAAGAGAGUGAUUAUUAAGGGUUUCAAAACCUACAGAAACGAAACAAUUAUCGAUAAUUUCUCGCCGCAUCAGAAUGUUAUCAUUGGGUCUAAUGGAUCAGGUAAAUCUAACUUCUUUGCUGCCAUUAGAUUUGUUCUGAGUGAUGAUUACUCUAAUCUCAAGAGAGAGGAAAGGCAGGGACUUAUCCAUCAAGGCUCGGGUGGUUCAGUGAUGAGUGCCUCAGUAGAGAUUGUAUUCCACGAUCCGGAUCAUUCCAUGAUAUUGCCCUCUGGUGUGCUUUCGAGAGGUGAUGACGAGGUGACAAUUAGAAGGACAGUAGGACUGAAAAAGGAUGACUAUCAGCUGAAUGACAGAAAUGUGACUAAGGGAGACAUAGUUAGGAUGUUGGAAACUGCUGGUUUUUCAAUGAAUAAUCCUUAUAAUAUAGUGCCACAGGGUAAAAUAGUUGCUUUGACUAAUGCUAAGGAUAAAGAAAGAUUGCAGCUGUUAGAAGAUGUUGUAGGAGCGAAGUCGUUCGAAGUCAAAUUGAAGGCUUCAUUGAAAAAGAUGGAGGAAACAGAACAGAAAAAAUUUCAAAUUAAUAAAGAAAUGGAUGAGCUGAAUUCAAAACUAACUGAAAUGGAACAAGAACGUAAAGAAUUGGAAAAAUACAAUGAGUUGGAGCGUAAGAGAAAGAUUUAUCAAUACACUUUGUAUGACCGAGAACUGAAUGAUGUUAUCAAUCAGAUGGAAAGGCUAGAUGGUGAUUACAACAAUACUGUAUACUCUUCUGAACAAUACAUUCAAGAGUUGGAUAAAAGAGAAGAUAUGAUUGAACAAGUUUCCAAAAAACUAUCGAAUAUCGAGGCUUCAUUAAAGAUCAAAAAUACAACGGAUUUACAGCAAGCAAAACUGCGGGAGUCUGAGACUUCUCAGAAUUUAACCGACGUUAACGUCAAGAUAAAAGAGGUUGAACUACAAAUUGAGUCAAACAGUGAGCAGAGAAGCUUGGAUAGCACGACUUUGGAAGAGAUCAAAUCCAUAAUUCGGCAGAGGAAAAAAAAGUUGUCGAAGAUUUUGCCUAGGUAUCAAGAGCUUACAAAGGAAGAAGCAAUGUACAAACUCCAGUUGGCUUCCUUACAGCAAAAGCAAAGAGACUUAAUUUUGAAAAAAGGAGAAUAUGCUCGUUUUAAAUCAAAGGAGGAACGCGAUGCGUGGAUUUAUUCAGAAAUUGAAGAAUUGAAAUCUUCAGUUCAAAACCUAAAUGAACAAGGAAAUAAACUACAAACCGAGCGUGCCUCUCUUAAGGAACAAUAUUCUAAGAUUGAUGGAGAGAUUGAAGAGUUGAUUGAUUCUGUAAAUGGACCAGACAUCAAGGGUCAAUUAGAAGAUUUUGAUUCGGAAUUGAUUAAUUUGAAGCAGAAACUGAAUGGAAGUUUAGAUACCCGUAAAGAAUUGUGGAGAAAGGAACAAAAACUGCAAACAGUCUUGGAAACUUUACUAAGUGACGUCAAUCAAAAUCAACGUAAUGUCAAUGAAACCAUGAGCAGGUCGUUAGCGAACGGUAUAAUAAAUGUUAAAGAAAUUACAGAGAAAUUAAAGAUAUCACCGGAAUCUGUAUUUGGGACAUUAGGUGAACUGAUUAAGGUCAAUGAUAAAUACAAAGCAUGUGCUGAAGUGAUCGGGGGUAAUUCUCUUUUUCAUGUUGUAGUAGAUACCGAGGAAACAGCCACUUUAAUUAUGAACGAAUUAUAUCGUAUGAAAGGUGGAAGAGUGACUUUUAUCCCAUUAAACAGGUUAUCUUUAGACAGUGAUGUUAAAUUCCCCUCAAAUACCACCACUCAGAUUCAGUUUACCCCCUUGAUAAAGAAAAUUAAAUACCAACCCAGAUUUGAGAAAGCCGUUAAACAUGUCUUCGGAAGAACUAUUGUCGUUAAAGAUCUGGGCCAAGGUUUAAAAUUAGCUAAAAAGCAUAAGCUCAAUGCUAUCACCUUGGAUGGUGACAGAGCGGACAAAAGAGGUGUACUUACAGGUGGGUAUCUUGACCAACACAAAAGAACUCGUUUGGAUUCGUUAAAGAACUUGAACGAAUCAAGAAGCCAGCACAAGAAAAUAAUCGAUGAACUAGAAAUAGUAAGGAAUGAACUAAAUGAUAUCGAUGCCGAAAUUGACCAGGUAAAUGGUAGUAUAAGAAGAGUCUCUAAUGAAAGGGAGUCCGUCUUGACAAACAUUGAGAUAUAUAGAACAUCGCUGAACACCAAAAAAAACGAAAAAUUGAUUCUCGAGGAAUCUUUAAAUGCUAUUGUUGUUAAAUUAGAAAAGCUGAAUACAAAUCUCACAUUUGCUCAAGAAAAGCUGAAAACAUACGAAAAUGAUUUGCUCCAGAAUUUCGAUAGCGAACUCUCGAUAGAAGAGAAGAGAAAGCUAGAGUCUUUAACAAAAGAAAUCGGCGUAGUGCAUAAUAAGUUAAAUGUUACAUCAGAGGCAUUAGAAGGUAUAACCACAAAUAUUGAUUCACUGAAUGCAGAAUUGGACUCUAAACUUAUUCCGCAGGAAAGUGACCUUCAAGCUAAGGUGUCUGAAAUUGGUGACGCAUUUAUUUUAGGUCUGCAAGAUGAAUUGAAAGAAUUGCAAUUAGAGAAGGAAAGUGUCGGGAAGCAGCAUGAGAACGCUAUAUUAGAAUUAAGUGCCAUUCAAAGGGAAAUUGAAAAGCUCGUUGCCGAAGAAACUAAUAAUAAAAAACUGCUAGAAAAGGCGAACAAUCAGCAGCGUUUGCUAUUAAAAAAACUUGACAAUUUCCAAAAAAGUGUGGAAAAGACGAUGAUCAAGAAAACAACAUUGGUUACUAGAAGGGAAGAAUUGCAACAAAGAAUUAGAGAAAUCGGACUAUUGCCGGAAGAUGCUCUCGUGAAUGAUUUCAGUGAUAUAACAAGUGAUCAGUUAUUACAGAAGCUAAACGAUAUGAACACAGAGAUUUCAGGUUUGAAGAACGUAAAUAAGAGAGCAUUUGAGAACUUCAAAAAAUUUGACGAAAAACGCAAGGACCUUUCAGAAAGAGCUUCAGAGUUAGAUGAGUCUAAAGACUCUAUUCAAGACUUAAUUGUUAAGCUAAAACAACAAAAAGUUAAUGCGGUUGAUUCUACUUUCCAAAAGGUUUCUGAAAAUUUUGAAGCUGUUUUCGAAAGAUUGGUACCUAGAGGUAUUGCUAAAUUGGUUAUCCAUCGCAGAGAUGACACUAAGGACCAGAUGGAUAGUAUUGACGAUGAUAUGGAUGUCGCUUCCAGUGAAAGAACAAGUAGCAAGGAUGGCGACAUUAUGUACACUGGUGUUUCGAUUUCUGUUUCCUUCAACUCUAAACAAAAUGAGCAAUUACAUGUAGAACAACUGUCAGGCGGUCAGAAGACAGUAUGUGCCAUUGCUUUAAUCUUGGCAAUCCAAAUGGUUGACCCUGCUUCCUUCUACUUGUUUGAUGAAAUUGAUGCAGCAUUAGAUAAGCAGUAUAGAACUGCUGUCGCUACGUUAAUAAAGGAAUUGUCAAAGAAUGCUCAGUUUAUCUGCACGACAUUCAGAACAGAUAUGUUACAAGUUGCAGACAAAUUCUUCCGCGUUAAGUACGAGAAUAAAAUAUCCACCGUUAUUGAAGUCAAUAGAGAAGAAGCAAUCGGGUUUAUAAGGGGUAGCAAUAAAUUUGCUGAAGUUUGA